AUGGGAGUCAACACAGUGAUUUGCUUGCUCAUAGAUCCGCAAUGUCAGGGAACAUGGUUGUGCAGUACUGAGCACAAUGCUACCGUUGAGGUCCUUCCUGAUAUCAACAUCACAUUUCAUAAUGGAGUUGAAGACGAGGCAUUAAUAACAGGUAUAUGUAGACAAGUACAAAAUCUUCAAUUUUGCUUAACCACUUUUAGACAAAUUAUACCUUCUCAUCCAUAUGUUCCUGAAGAAGUAACUAGAGCUGCUAUCACCAAAUCAUUACAAAAUGCUAAUGAUAACCGUGCUUUCGUAGAGAAAGCUAAAGCAAAUGCAAAAGACAAAGAGACUAAAGACUUGUAUAGUAUUUGUGACAGCAGUUAUGGAUUAUUGAUAACCGUUCUUCAAGAUGCUUCUAAAUCCUUAACUAACAAGGAUUAUAAUGGCUUAGAAAAUGACCUGGCAAAGUGUCCCCGAUUUGUAAGUGACUGUCAGAAUGUACUUGGUAGUAAGACAACGCGUGAAAUGGUAGAUAGAAGUAGAAAACAAUUUGAUCUUGUAUUAAUGGCAAAAAUUGCUGAACAACUCAUUAAAAAAUAG